CUUCGUGUUUUUUUCUCUCUCCCUCAUCUCCCUCCUUCUCCCCACGGCUCCCCCCUCGAAAAGUCUCUCAAGUUAAAACUGCGUGUAGUUGUUUGUUUGCGCCCCUCUCGCGGCUCGUUCGGGCUUAGCGUGGUUCCCAAAACACCCACGCGCCUCUGGAUAAAUAUUUUAACUUGUCUGGCCGCGUGAACUUUGCCUGCCCCUGCCGUUUCCACCUGCGUGCUCUCGCAACGUUUCCCGACAACUUCUUAAUUGGACGUUUUCGCCUCCUCCGCGUUUCAAGUUGUGUGUUCGGUGUGUUGUGUGACCGUGGCGGGGGAAGGCAGACGGGAGGAACAUCGUGCCUACUUUUCCUCCUCCCCGUGUCGACAUAACCAGCAAAACAUGGCCGUCCUUUGCCGACAUGUUGUUACGUCGAUGGCGAGAGGGGGAACAUUUGGGGAGAGUAUUUUUUUCCCUCCCUGCGCCCCUCUGUCACGUUUUCGGGCUGGCCAGAGGAAACAACCGUUGGGACUCCUUACCAGCGGCGUGCACCAGCUCGCAUUCAGGCGUGCUGAGGUUUGAGUGUAACUUUUGGAGUCCGACGUUGUUUAUAGACUUUGAUUCGUGCGUCUCUGCGAUGUAGGCGUAACGUUACCCCUGGUGAUGCCUCCUCCCCUCCCGAGACCGCGGUUCUUACUGCAGGCAGGCAGUGCUGUUGCAGUGGGUCUGAAACUGCUGUAAAAGCCAGGCGUGGUUCUCUUUUAUUAAUAAUAUGAAGUUUGGUCAUGAGGCCCGUGGCCCAAACUGUGAGCAGCCUCUGUAGCACUCAGCUGGGGUCAGUGCUCUCUGUCCACCAGUACGUUUUUGGAAGUAACCUGCGUGUACACACUGAGGUGACACAAUGCCCAAGCACAAAUGUUGCCUAGUUAUACAUUUAGGAUGUUUCCUAUAUUAAUCGUUGUUUAUUUAUUUUUACACAUAACAGUGCAUACAGAUCUGGCUCUGUCAUCUUUAUUACUGGAUAAAUACUCAUUAUGAACAUUUGAGGUGCUUUAGGAGAGUUGGGUGAUACCUCAGUCUGGCACUAAAUUUCUUUACCAGCUAUGCAGUAAAAUGCAGUGCUGUUGGCUCUGUUAGCGCUUCAUUCAUGUGGGCAGUCAUCAUUAUUAUUUUCCAUGCAGCACAUGGGAAAAAUCAUUAAUGUGGGUGACUGUUAAAUGUUCUUAUUUACCAAAUAACAGACCGAGGUGUUUGUGUGUGUAAUAAGGAAAAUUAAUGGUGACAUUCAGUUACAGCAUUCUGCAGCAACUGCCAGUGGCACUUGUGGUUUGAUUAUCAGUGCGCAGAUUAAAUAUAAAGCCACACUGCAAAUACUGUCUAUAAUAAUUAAAAGUGCAUGUACAGUAGUAUACAGUCGGCAUGGUCACUCCCUACAAGUGAAAAAACUAGUUGAUUAAAAAAGAAAACAUUCCCGCAAUUGUCUGUCUGGUGUAAAUUUUUAAAAUGUGUUGUUCAUUUCACGCUGUUCCCUCAGCUCUACGAUGACCUGAUGUUUUGUGUUUCUAGGCUUUCUCUGAUCAACAGCGAUUCCUCCCCUCCCACCCUCUUGUGUUAAAGAUGUAGCGUCCUAUCAUGCAGUCCGAGGAGAUCAGCCAGCACUGGAGCUGACACUGUCAGUGAGCCCAGCCUACAUGACACUACAGGAGUCCCAUCUCUGCCAGACUUUCACCGCCUACUGUCCUCCUCCUUUCUCCAGCCAAUAAUUUUACUCUGGGGGCGGGGGGGGGGGUGAGUGUUCCUCAGACUCUGAUCCCAGUCUCACAAGUUGUCCGGUGCUUGCUACCUCAGAAUCUAUAUCUGUAUUCCUCUAGUAGGCAGUCCUCCUGACUGCACUUCAGCACCUUAAGAAGGUCUUUGCAUACAAGUCCUGCAUCCUGGAACUUCAGCCAUAGCCUCCUUUAUAGCAUCCCUGGCCAAACACGAGCACCGGGACAAACCCAUCCACCAACAUGUCCAGUCGACGUAAGGCCUCCACUCCCUGUAUGAUCCGACCAGAGCAGACAAUGGUGGAGCUGGAUGAUGAAGCGGAGGACUCUCAGAACAUGGAGACAACAACAGAGAACCAUACCCAAGGGGUGCCUAUGGAUAGCAGUUCAACACAACUCGAGCAAUCCAUGGACUUGGAUGUAAUGGAAAAGGCCUCUGACCCUCCUCUGGCUCCUGACAAACCAGCAGCUGAGCCACCAGACGUUUCUAAGCCUCAGCGCAGACAGCAGGGGGGAUAUGAGUGCAAAUACUGCCCCUUUUCUACCCAGAAUUUGAAUACUUUCAAAGAACACGUAGACGCAAACCACCCAAAUGUCAUCCUUAACCCCCUGUAUCUGUGUGCUGUCUGUAACUUCAACACAAAAAAGUUUGACACCCUGACGGAACACAACGAGAGGUGCCACCCAGGGGAGAGCAACUUUAAAUUUAAACGCAUAAAAAUGAACAACCAGACAAUCUUAGAACAGACGAUAGAGGGGUGCAGCAACAACGCUGUCAUUUACAACACUUCUGGUGCCAUUUCCGGCAAAGGGGACGAACUCGGCACUGUGCCACUGAGCAAACCCACCACAGUCAAAAUCGGUAAACCAAAAAUAAUGACAUCGGAUAACAAACGGACAGACUCCCAGUUGGGAAAAAUAACUGCGGAUCUCACCAAGAAACCAAUCACAGCUGUCAAUGUGAAUGGUACGGUCAUCAUCCCGGAGUCGACUCUCCUUAAAGCAGACGGCCUUUCUCACAUCAUGCCUUCCCUGCAGCGGCCUCUAAACUAUACCCAGGUGCCGAAGAUUGCAGUGCCCCUCAACACAACCAAAUACAACCCCACAUUGGACGACAACCUGACGCUGAUCUCGUCCUUCAACAAGUUCCCCUACCCAACACAGGCUGAGCUCUCGUGGCUCACCGCAGCAUCAAAACAUCCAGAGGAGCAGAUCAAAGUCUGGUUCACCACACAGCGGCUCAAACAGGGUAUCAGCUGGUCACCUGAGGAGGUGGAAGAAGCGAGGAAGAAAAUGUUCAAUGGUACAAUAUCCUCCGUGCCUCAGACUUUCACCGUGGUUACUCCUCAGCUCAACUCCCAAUCAUCUACCAACCAGUCCACCUCAAGCACGCCCUCCAAACCCAUGCAGCCAGCAGCCUCUGUCCUGCAGUCCCUGCCCUGUCAGCUCCUGGGACAGACCAGCCUUGUGCUGACUCCUGUAGCCAAUGGCUCUACUGUUACUUGUGCACCACUGGCACUCACAGUGGCUAACCAGGUGGCGCAGUCGCUCAAACGACCCUUAGCCUCCCCUUCGGUUGCUACAGAGAGUAAACGGCCCUCCAUCAUUCAGACCAUCUCUGCCCCGAUGGCCACAUCCAAGCUGGCAUCAUCUAAAGUGCUGAGUUUCACCGUUGACCCCAAUAAAACAUCAGAGCAGCUGUCUGUGCUGAGGUCCAGCUACACACAGUGCCCUUUCCCUGAGGAAGAUGAGAUUUACAGGCUGAUAGAGACCACCGGGUUAUCCAGAGGAGAGAUAAAGAAGUGGUUCAGUGAGCAAAGACUCCUCAAUCUCAAAGGUGUUCCUCCUCCACCUGUGCUGGUCAAAGCAGAGGUAACACCACUUCCUAAAGAUGCCCCAGUAAAGAAAGCGGUCCCCAGCCAGUUUCCACUGUUAGAGAGGGUGAAGGGGAAGUCAUCGGAGCAGCUGAAGGCGCUGGAGGAGAGUUUCCAGAAAAGUAGCUCUCCAACAGAGGCAGAGCUAGAUCAGCUGGCCCAGGAGACCAGGCUGUCCAAGACAGAGGUUGACUGCUGGUUUUCGGAGCGCAGGGCACUGAGGGACAACAUGGAGAAGACUUUACUCACGAUGGCUUCUAAGAACACGGAGGACAGAAUAGAGCGGCCGGGUGCGCUGCUUAAUGGGGCUUCUCAUCGAGAGCAGGACGGGAAGCCUCUCCGCUCCUCUCCGCAUCCGCCUGUCCUUUCCUCCUCCUCGUCUUCCUCCCCCCCUGUGCUUGCCGCUUCCUCCCCUCGGCCUCCGACCCAACCCUCAUCUGCAUCGCCUCCCAUCCUCACGUCAUCUUGCUCCUCUUCUCCACAUCCUCCCAUCCUGUCAGCCUCCACGAGCCCAGCUCCCAUCAGCAGCCGCUCCCUCGCCCUCCUCAGGGAGACGUUUUGCCGGACCCAGUGGCCAUCUCCUGAGGAGUACAGUCAGCUGGAGGUGCAAACAAGUCUUGGACGCACUGACAUUGUACGCUGGUUCAAGGACCACCGCUCUGCACUGAAGAACGGCGAAACUCUCGACUGGAUGGAAGGUUUCCAAGGCGUUGCAGAGAAGCAGAAAGCAAGCCAGGAACAGAACGGUCAGAGUUCUGAGAAGAACAAGUGCAUUUCCUUGGAAAUCAAGGCUGUAAAAGUGGACAAGGCUGUUGAGAAAGUAUCUACUCCAGAACAGUCCAAACAGCCAGAGCAGGACAAAGUCCAGCGGUUGACAGACAGACUGGCAGAUGGUGUGACCGACCUGAGCCGGACCAGGCCGGACCAGAACAGCUCAAAUGCCACUGAAAAAGGAAGGUGGGUAAAGGUGACCUUGGCUGUGGGGGAGGAUGGUGAAGGAGGAGCGGAAAGACAAAGGUUGGCAACUGACACGGACAUUCUGACCUUGGAGCAACCGGGGAGGGUCACUGGUUGAUGUACAUCACUGACUGCUGAGUCACCGACGACCUGAGAUGACCAAACAUGGAAGCAGUGAUGUCAUUGUCUGCCUGUGAUGUCAUCCCAACAUCCUGGGGGACUGUGGAGUUGCACCAUUAAAGCACUUGAUGGAAGCGUAGACCCUGACAUUUAGAGGAGUGCCAAAGCUGGACUUGAUGCAUUGCUCUUACUACAGUGCUCGCUCUCUUUGUUUUUUGUUUUUUAAGAAAAAAAAGAGCCCUGUAAAUAUUUUCUGUAUUACUAGAGUUUGUACAGUUUUCCUGAGAAAUUUUUUUUUUUUUUUUUUUUUUUUUAAAACUGUUAGCAGUCGGACGUACCGCCCACGGGACAUUGGAUGGUUUAGGGGACUAAUAGGACUGCUAAGGGGUUAAAGAAAAAGGCUAACUGUUGUCCCAAAAACCUGGAAUGUUCGGUUUGGUUUUGUUCUUUGAGAUCAAACUGUAUGAUAUAGUCUGUCAUUUGCUGAAGAUCAGACGUAUUUUUUGAAAAUCACUACUCAUUAUGAGUAGACUUUGAUGGCACUUGCAUAUUUCCCUGUGGUAGUGAUAGAUAUUGUCAUGACCGCCUGAAUGAAAACUGUUAGGAACUUUUUUGUAACUUUUUGCUUGUCUUCUGCACCUUAACUCGCCCUCUGUAGAAUUACAGUAGAGAAGAUGGAAAUCACUCAGAAGUGUCAGAGCAAAGGAAGUAGUAGGAGUGAUGGUAUCUUUUUGUUUUUUCUUUUGGGCAAACUGAACACAGCUACAGCUUCACCGCUGGGAGACCAGAGAAUGAACACAAACAGCCACAGACCAAGACUAACCGCAUUAGGGUGGAUGCAUGAACGCUCCGUACAUCCUAAACUCUGUUAUCUUUCCUCAUCGGCUCGCUCCUGCGUCAGAACCCGAGGCAUGU